AUGUCUUCCAAGAAGCGCUCAUCCGAGUCAGGCGCUGAACCCGACAAUAGCGUGCGCUCCAAAAAGGCCAAGGUCAACACUACAGCGAAAGCCAAAAUCGACUCUAAUGGAGAUCGCUAUUGGGAAAUAUCCAAGAUGCGUCGCGUGACGAUAUCUUCUUUCCGUGGCAAAACCCAGGUGAAUGUCAGAGAAUAUUAUGAAAAGGACGGGCAGGAGUUGCCAGGAAAAAAGGGUAUCUCAAUGCCCGUGGAUCAAUUCGCUGCCAUCGUCUCCAUUCUACCUGAGAUUGAGCUGGCAUUGAAAGAGAAUGGGGAAAUUCUGCCUCGGCCCGCCUAUUCGGCAGAGGGAGGCCAGCCUGGUCAAGGAGAGCAAGGACAGGUCCAUUCGGAUAACCAAAGUCCAUCCAAGCAGAAUAUCGAGGCGACAAGUGAUGAGGAGAGUGAAGCAUAA